AUGGCAGACAUGACGGUACGAAACACUGCGAACCUAAUCGCCAAUAUCAAUAAUGGUAUCAUGGUAGGCCAGAACUUCGGAAAUAUCAACCAUGAGUCCGGAUGCCAUACCGAUGAGCAGCGAUUCGACAAGUGUACCAAAGCGCUCUGGGUGACAGACCCUGAUGUCGACCGCGAAUAUGUUGUGAACACUAAGGGUAGCCCCGUUUCUGACACAUGCGACUGGAUCUGGCAAGACUGCACUUUCUCGGAUUGGUUGGAUGGGUCAUCAUCCAAGACCCUCUGGAUUGCAGGUGGGCCUGGAAAAGGCAAAACAAUGAUUUCGGUUCAUAUCACGGCCUUGCUAGAGAAACGAUGCAAUGUUCGCAAUGAAGUCUUCGCUUACUUCUUCUGCGACCAUCGGGAUUCGAAUCGCAAUUCGGCAUGUGCAAUACUUCGUACCUUGAUACAUCAAAUCAUCGACCAAAAACGAGGUCUACACAGCAAGGUCUACCCCUACGUUCGGGAGGAUCGAAGAGCUGAGGCUACGAUGCAGUCGCGCGAUGCCCUUUGGCGAAUCGUCACCGAUCUACUGCACGAGCAGGAGCUUGAAGGUCUGGUGUAUCUGAUCGACGGGCUCGAUGAGUGCGACGAUGGAACAGCUCGUUGGUUGGCACAGAAGCUGUCUAAGCUCCAUACCGAUAGCUCCGACAAAGAUAUGAGAAACGUGAGGAUUCUCGUUGCGAGUCGGAAUAUUACAAGCAUGGACUUUGCGUCUAAGAUCGACCUAGACACCAUACAAGACCCGGGCUACAACGAGAGUAUCACGAGAUUCAUCGAUGCGCGAGUAGCUGGAAUGGCAGAUCAAGUGCCCGGUUGCACACGAGCGCUACAGGACCAAGUCAAACAAAUCCUACAGUCACGCUCGGGCAACUCGUUCCUUUGGAUUGGUUGCGUAAUGGACGAAUUGUCAGUCAAAGAGACGCCUACAGAGAUCGAGAGUUCGUUGGCCGAGUUCCCUACCGGACUUGUCCCUCUCUAUAACCGACUUUUUCACCAAGUACAUCCAAAUCCGCAAUAUCGCUCGGAAUGUAUCAGAUUGCUGCACUGGGUGGCACAAGCGAUGAGACCCAUGAACCUAGCGGAGCUAGCAGCGGUGUUGGAAAUCCGUGGGUCAGACACCAUAUCAGUGGAGCAGAGACUCAGUGAUCGUAUCACAUGGUGUAGGUCUUUGCUCAUCAUCAGACAUACCCCCGAUACUGCUCACGCGCCUACGGUCGACCUGGUUCAUUACUCACUAAAGGAACAUCUGUUUGAGUCGAGCGUAGCAGACGACGCCGACAUUCGGCCGUUUUUCUGUGAAGCAGAUACAGUACACCACCAAAUUGCGCACACGUGCUUGGAUUAUCUCCACAAUAAUCUCUCGGAUAAGGAAUACUGGUUCUGUGAUGAUGAAGAUACAAAUACGCGUCUUCCUCUAUUAUCAUACGCCACAAUCUACUGGCCAACUCAUGUCAGGCUCAUCAAAGCACAGUCAGAAGGCCUGGCUAUGGAUCUGUUAAAAAGCAGAAUCGACACUUUCUUCAAACAAGAUGGCAUGGCAUACACCAGCUGGUGGUGGUCAUCCCAUAUGGUAAGAAGUCCUUCAAUGAAACGGGAGUUGCCUGUUCAGUUCAGUGAUCCCGAAAAGGGUCCUUCACUCAAGGAGCUGGAGACCAUCCACCCAACGCAUCUUUCGGCAGCUCUAGGCGUGCUACCGUGGAUGGUCUACUUCUCUAACUUUCCCGGUAUACCGCGUUCCGAUGUCGUAAACCACUUUGUGAAUCCAGCAGGGCAAUCUCUACUGAAUUACGCUGCCCACGGAGGUCACGAAAACGUAGUCAUUUGGUUGUGUGAUCAGGGCGCAACCGUAGACGAUAGAUCGGUCUUUGCCGCUGCCAUUGAGGGUCAUGCCAGCGUCCUGAAAGCUCUUCUUGAUCGUGGAGGUCGCCCAAACGUCAGAGCAUACAAUCCUUCGACUAAGAAAUGCGAGAAUGAAACGGCACUCUGGGAUGCCUUGGGCAGCGACGGUUUCUGGGUCAAGAACCAUGAGAUUCUUCAGAUGUUGCUGGAGAAAGAAGUUAUGUCUCUUCAUAUUGCGGCUAAACACGGUUUCCUUCAGGCUGCGAAUUUGCUUAUCGCAAAAGGAGUGGAAAUCAACGGCACCGACGAACAAGGAAAGACACCGCUCAUCGUCGCAGCUGAGAGCGGGUUUGCAGAGGUUGUAGAGCUGCUACUGAAGAACGGGGCAUCCGCCGAGAUUACGGAUCGGGAUGGCAAUGAUGCUCGUAUGAGUGCUGAGGCCAAAGGGCAUGCACAUGUAGUUCGCGUCGUUGAUGAAUGUGCUGUCAAGAUGGAGAAGUAA